UGUGCUCUUCGACCAUCCUUGCAGAACUGGGGUCAGGAACGCCUGGCUGCCACUGCUAGCCACCGACGCGUUUGAAAUUUGACUCGCGACGUCUCGCGUUGAGCACGACCACGUGAGGCGGGACCGUGUAGAACCGUAAGCGCUGGGACGGGCCCGUGGGUGACAGGAUGUGGCUACUAUCCUCGCAGUGACAAAGACUCGAUCCUCGUCCGCUCAACGUAGACCUACAUAAACACGGGCACCCGUCUUCUCCUUGCGUACAAGCGGGCUUCCAGGUAUAAUCCAAGACGUCUAGUCCUCACCUCGAAGCGUUAUGGCCACACAAACGUCCCCAGGAAGAGCAGGCAUCGACCUCGCGGAAUGCGCCUCGUUGCAAGGAGAAGAGUGGGAAGUCCUCGAGUCUAUCUACCCCGACUGUGUUUCGGGUGACCCCUCGAGUGGGUUGGUGAAGCUGGAGAUACCAAUAGAGUUCCCAGGACCAAAGGCCGUCUGCCUGGUGGACGAUCGGAUACAGUCUUCAUCUACAGGUCCUAAUCCAGGCCACGCCAGACCCGGGCCAUCGUCUGUAUCUGUGUCACCGUCCUUGUCCCUCGCGACUCUUCCGCCCCUCUUGCUCGACGUUCUCUUGCCAGCAACGUAUCCAUAUAGCCCACCCGUGAUACAGUCCCUUCACGCCACACAAUCAUGGCUUCCGAUGUGCCUCACGUUGCAACGCAGGCUCCUAGAGCUGUGGCAAGACGGCGAGGGAGUGCUCUACAGUUGGAUUGAAUGGAUACGCAGCGGCGAGUUCCUCGAGGCGCUCGACAUGUGUUCCGAAGUGAAUGGAGAGGAAGCCGUCCAGAUACGCCACCCAGCACCGCACAUGUUGGCUCCCGUACUCCAGGCAUACGAUAAAUCCGCCCAGUUGACAAGGUUUUCGCGGACCUCCUAUGAAUGCCAGAUUUGUCUCACCUCAAUAAAGGGGGCGCGUUGUAUCUUGCUGUCCUGCUCACACGUGUUCUGUCGUGCAUGCCUGGAGGACUUCUGGAGGCUCUGCAUUACUGAGGGCGACAUCGGACAUGUAGGCUGUCCGGACCCGCAGUGCAUAAAGGCUGGCCGCGAGGCGAACGAGGAGGAUGUGAGGAGAGUUGUUACGGAAGAGGAAGUCCGGCGCUGGAAAUGGUUGCGGGAGAAGCGCGAGCUAGAGAAGGAUCCGAGUAUCAUCCACUGCCCUCUAUCCUUCUGCCAAACGCCCGUACCCAAGCCCCCUAACGUGGAUGAUGGCAGUGGGUGGGAGCGCUUGCGAGAAUGUCCAGAUUGCGGCUACUCCUUCUGCGCUUACUGUAAGCGGACAUGGCAUGGGCCGCUGUCCGACUGCCCAGUAGCCUUGACGGAGUCAUUCACGCUGCAAUACCUGGCACUGCCUGAGGGCUCUUCCGGGCGAGAGCUGCUCGAGCGACGCUUUGGGAGAAACAACAUCCGCAAGCUCGUCGCCAGAUAUGAGGAGGAGCAGGCGAACGAGCAGUGGCUCGAGAGCUCUACGAUGUCGUGCCCCAGCUGUUUCGUUCACGUCGAGAAGUCGCUGGGGUGCAAUCACAUGACCUGCGCAAAGUGCAAGACCCACUUCUGCUACCGGUGCGGGGACAGGCUGCAGGCGAACAACCCCUACGUGCACUUCAGCACUCCCGGCCACCGGUGCUACUCGAAGCUGUUUGACUUUCAGAGCAUCGACGACGAGUGGCAGCCUGUAGAGGGAUUCGACGUUUUGUAGGCGGAAUAUAUUUGUGCGGUGACCUGUG